AUGAGCACACCUCGUCAGAUAGUCUCCGGCGAGAUGCCUUCCUUCCUCUCCUCCGCAGUCCCUUCCUACUCUGCUCGAUCACGAUCACUGGCCCUCCCUGCCUCCCAAAGACGAGGUUCAGCAAUCGCCACGGCAAUGGGUCUACGCAAGAAGAGCGAAAUCGAUAUCGUGCUGGAUGGCGAGGCGGAUUUUGUUCACUCAUACUCCACAUACGAUGAGAUCAAAGGUCGCGUGGACGUCAGGUUCGAGAAGGACACUUCAUUCGAUGACCUCAGUAUCACCUUCGAGGGCCAGAGUUGCACAUACGUUGAAAAGAUCGCAACUACGGCCCCCACAACUGGUCGCACGACAGGGAGACAUACAUUCCUAAAGGUCCAGCAGCCGAUUCCCGAGAGCCUGCUGCCCGAAAAUGGCACCUUCGAAGCGGGAGUGAGCUAUUCAAUCCCUUUCACAUUUGUUGUUCCCGACAGACUACUGCCUUUCAUCUGCUCGCACAAGGCCGACAAUGAAGAGAUCAGGAAACAACACUUGCAGCUACCUCCAAGCCUGGGUGACCCCAGCGUCUCCGGAGAAGGUCGUACACUUAUGGAUGAUCUUGCACCCGAUAUGUCCAAGAUUACUUACAGCAUUCGUGCCAGGAUCACAAAAUGGAACGCCGUCGGCAGGCUGUUGGAAUUAGCCGACAAGGCGGAGCGCAUCAGGAUUGCCCCUGCGAGAGAAGAAGCGCCGCCGUUGAACAUUGACGAGACCGAGUCGGACCAUGUCAUGCGCAAGGAGAAGAGCGUCAAAAAGGGCCUCUUCAAGAUCGGUAAGGUUGGCCGCUUGACGGCCGAGACCACUCAACCCAGAAGCCUCCGUCUUCCACAUCCGCAGAGGCGGCAGGAAGAACCCAUCUCUUCAAUGGCAACCAUCAACUUACGCUUCGAUCCUGCCUCUGCAGACGACGUACCUCCGCAGCUGGAUUCCAUCGUCAGCAAAUUGAAGGUCUACACAUUCUUCGGCGCCGCGCCAUAUAAAAUCAUCCCAGAGACUCGCAAACAUGACAACUGGUCCACUCUGCAUGGCAUCUACCCCGAGAGCGUUGCCUUAUCUUCCCGCUGUUUAUCGACUGUCUCCUGGGUCCGCCACAAUCCUCCAGAACGUGGGAGCUUCUCUUCAUCAGAUCUCUCCAGAAGACCGUCGGGGUACUCAACGACCUCGACAUCUUCAACAAUCCCUGAGCCGUCAUGCGCCUAUGAACUGGGCUCCCCUUUCUACACCGCCAGCCUCCCGGUCCCGAUCGCCCUUCCAUCCCCAUCCAGCAGCGGUCGACCAAGAGUAUUUGUGCCCACGUUCCAUUCCUGUAUCAUCUCAAGGACUUAUGCUGUUGAGCUGAAUAUUUCCUUUCGUACCCCAGGUGCCAAUGUCUCAAGCAGCCAUAUUACCCUCAAGACGCCUAUCCAGGUCUCGGCUGAAGGAGGCACCCCGCCAGCUCAGGUCCGUGAGACCGAGGCAGCGAUUGCGGCGGAGAUUGAACAGCAAUUCGGUCUGUACGAAGCUCGCCAACUCGAAGAGACCGGCUUAGGCCUCGAAAGUCCCAUGUACGAAGAGCCUUCUCCGGCCUCGCUCGUCCCCGGCACUAGACAUUUGAGUCUUGCAGGCUAUGCCGAAGCGUCGCCGUCGCCGUCAUCGUCUUUUACAACACCAGUACUCCACUCCGGCGUCGAGGCCGCUGCACCACCAGAAUACCGAGCCGGGUCUGGCUUCCACACGUACAGUGCUAGGGAUAGGCCGGGGGGACCUAGGACCCAAGCUGUGAGUCUCACUACUUCUAGAGCAUAG